AUGGCUAGUUCUCAUGAAAUUAGUAAUAAUGUCAUAUUAUUACCUCAAACUAAUCAAUUAAUUGGUCUUUAUUCAAUCAUUAGAGAUUUAAGUACUAAACGUGGUGAUUUUGUUUUUUAUUCCGAUAGAAUAAUUAGAUUAUUAGUUGAAGAAGGAUUGAAUCAAUUACCAGUCGAACCUAGUAUUAUUAAAUGUCAUGGAGAUCACGAAUAUAAAGGUGCUAAAUUUUUGGGUAAAAUUUGUGGUGUUUCAAUUGUUAGAGCUGGUGAAUCCAUGGAAAUGGGAUUACGUGAUUGUUGUAGAUCAGUUAGAAUAGGAAAAAUAUUAAUUCAAAGAGAUGAAGAAACUGCAUUACCAAAAUUAUUUUAUGAGAAAUUGCCUGAAGAUAUUUCUGAAAGAUUUGUAUUUUUAUUGGAUCCAAUGUUGGCUACUGGCGGGUCAGCAAUGAUGGCUGUUGAAGUAUUAUUAAGUCGUGGUGUCAAAAUGGAAAGAAUCUUCUUUUUAAACUUGUUGGCUGCUCCAGAAGGUAUAAAAGCAUUUCAAGAGAAAUAUCCAAAAGUUAAAAUAAUAACUGGUGGAAUUGAUGAAAAAUUAGACGAAAAUAAAUUUAUUAUUCCUGGUUUGGGUGAUUUUGGUGAUAGAUAUUAUGGUAUAUAG